AAACUUCUAUCACAAAGUUGUAAAUUUUCAUAAAACAACAAGGAAUUUAUUGCAUUUCUUCCUGGCUGCUCCACCAGCAACGCUUUUCUCAGUCGCCAUCUUCUUUUCUUCUCCUUCUGCCUUUUUUGGGGGAAACCCCAAUCUGAGGAGGGGUGAGAUUUGGGGUGCAGAGUUUCAGGGUAGAGAAGCCACAGGGGCCCGGGGAGGAAGGGGGUUCUCUUAGAAAUAUCCCUGCUCCCUCGGGAGCUCCGCGCCUCUUUUCUAGUAAAAAUUCACCCCAAGUCUUCUGCAGUGGACAGAUUUGAAGGUGAGGCAGGAGCUGCAGUCGGUUUCUGGCGUCCUCUGCACAAAGCAAAAGCUACUCUGUCCCCCCUAACCUCGGAUUGGGUGCCCUCAUUCUCAGCCCUAAAAAUAUGGGGCCCCCACCUGUGAGGCUUGCAGCACUGCGGGUGUGGGGGCCUAGAUUCCCCGGGGCCUAGUUUCUUUUUCCCCCUAGGAGGGGAGGUGGCCUGGAGGGGGCCAAAGCAGACGGCCUAACAGCUGGAUUCUCCACCUCCGCACCCCAGAAACCGGGGGAGGGUAGAGCCGCGUAGAGUGCUCCUGCCCAAAUGCUGGCUGGCCCAAGUUCCUGAUGACAGCUCCGCACACUGGCCAAGGGGGUUCCGCCAUCAUCAGUGGGGAAACUGCGAGGUUCCAGGUCACCGGCUGCCCCGAGAGCAGGCAGAAAGGCUCCCCGGAAGUCCCCGGCAUCAUCGGGCGGCUCGGCCAGGCUCACAGCAAAAGGGAACAGGGCGCGACCAUGCCAGCCGGAAACCUCAUCUUGCCUGGACUCCUGAAGCUGGAAAGCUCUAACCUGCUGGUUCCUGAAGGCUCUGCUCCUAAGGCACGUAUGUGGGGUGAGGGGAGGUGGAUCCUCAGUUCCUCCUUGGGUCCAGGGACUCCAGGCCUCCCCUGUUGGCCGCUGACUGUGGUGGUCCUUGGGACUGGGUGCCAGAGGGAACCCUGCAAGGCCCUGUGGUGUGGAGCUCAGGACUGGUUCCAGUGUUUCCCAAGAAAAGGAGACAAAGGGGCCCCCCUGCACAGCUCCAGCACUCCCCACCCUGUCAUGGAGCCAGGAGGGGAAAAUCUGCAGGUGCCUUGGAGAAUGGAGCUGGGCAGAGAGCAGCUGGCCUCUGGUGAUUCUUCCCCAGUGCAGGACCCAGGCCCAGCCAGGGCCAGGCUGGCCUCCUUGCCCACCUGGCUGCCAGGGCAACUGGUUCUGCGAAGCCAUCUCUGGGCCUCCAGGGAAGCACAAAGGCAGAGGAGAGACAGCAGCCCGGUUAGAGCAGAACACAAGGCUGUGUGGGGGGCCGAGGAGAUGGGACCUUCCAAGCUCAGGCUCAGAACCCUAAGGAGGAGACCUGGAGGCCCUGAGGUGCUGGUGCCAGCCCUCCUGGGAAAGCGACACUAGAGGAG